AUGGUUGGUAAUACUGAGUCUACGGUUAGGGGAGCUGGGGAGCCUCAAACCACCAACAUGGCGCUCCACGAUGGGUCUGACCCAGCCCCCGCCGGCCAGACGGCUACCAACGAAGGUUCGACUAUUAAAGAUGAUCUUCGCAAGCAACGUACUGGUCUUCGUCGACAGCUUGGUCGUCUGAAAGGUCAGCUCCUGAAGAUCCGGUCUGAUAUCGAUAACCUCGUGGCGGUUGAUACUCCUUCUGAUGAUGAGGCCUAUGUAGAGUUACUUAGAAGGGAAAAAGAGUCUGAAGACCGCAUUGAGGCAUUUGAAGUUGAUUUGGGUACGGUCCAGCAGCGGUAUGAUGAGUUAUUUCUCACCAAUCGACCAAGUAUCUUAGCUGUCAACAAGGACGAUGAUGUGAAGUCGGAUGUUAUGUCCUACGGAUCUAUUAAGGUGGAUCCUCGUCGUUUGGCUCUUGGUCCUGCUACUGUAUCACCGUUAUCUUCUACGGAUAUUAAUACCCCCAAGAAGAGGCUUUCUUCUGAGACUCUGGGAAAGAUGAAGUUUCCCUCUCUGACGGAUCCAUAUCGUCUACGAGCCCAUUUAUCUGCCUUCAUGCGGAUGACUUCAGAAGCUGGUGGUGGUUAUAUUAUGAGGUUAUCGAAGUGUUCUCCGAGUGAUCUUGGCACAGUUGUUUUGAGGAAGGACUGCUGGAGAUGGUGCAAAUCGCAGCAGUCUUGGCACUCCAACCGUCGAGAGUUGUACGGGGUACUUCGAGCCUUACAAGCGGCGGCUGAUCUAGUAACAUCAUGUAAGCAGCUCUGUAAUCGGAAAGGCAUCAUCUUCAAGGUCAUCCUUCUGUGUGAUAAUAAGCCGUCGGUCAACUGGCUAGAAAGGUCAUCAGCUGGUGCGGUUUCUCGAUCGAAAGCGCUUGAACGACGUGCCAUCAGCCGUUUACUCAGUUCCUGUGCUGAGGAAUGUCAAGUCAUUCGUACCGCGAUACUGGGGUCUACUGUUGAAGUUCGUCAUGUGCAAGGAAGCUUGAAUUGUGAGGCUGAUUCCUUAUCGCGAGUUUUUGAGAGACCUUGUCUGAGAUCAGAUGGUACCACGACUACUCUGGCCGCGAGUCUCUUGGGUGGGAAAGAUGAUCCCGGCCACAGCACAAUUGCUGAAGUGGUAAAAGACGGCGUGAAUUACAUCGUGGAUGAUUUGUCGUAUAUAACCAUGAGAGACCUUGAUGCUCAUGAGGCAGUGAUGGUCGCUGAUUCGGUGAAAGCUCUUAGGUGCUCAAUCUAUAAAGUCGACGAUACCGACAAGAACAGUUGUGUAGGUCGGUUGUCUAUUGCUGAACGGCUGGCAGCAAAUAGUUGGGACUAUGGUGUAACAAGAUGGCGCGUGGAUAUUAUUCAGAAGGCCUUACGAACAUGGCGAACCUUAUGUUCGAAGAAGCGGCGAGUAGAUCUAAUAGCAUCGGAUGGCUACUCUCCCGAAGAAGGUCUUAUUCACAGCGCUCAGUCAUUGCUGGCGCCACUUCAAAGGAAGGCCCUUCUGCGAGCUGGUUCCGCAAUAUGUGUCGACAAGGGUCUACUUUAUUUGGAGUUAGGGCGCUCAUCUGGCCAUCCUUUCCGCCAAUUCUACGUCCCGAGAGAAGCGGUAAAUCUGCGACAACUGCUCCUCCGUGACGCACAUAGACGGUCUGGCCAUGGGGGGCGGGAGGCUACCCUCUCCUUCAUGGAUGCCUUCUAUCUACCAGGAGGAUGUCGAGAAGCCCGUGAUGUGAUAUUCAAGUGCCUACCAUGUCGAUUGAAUAAAGCUACCCGAGGUCGUCUCUCGGGGCCGCAGCUAGGCAAAAAUGAAGAAGAGCUCCUACUUAAUUUUCCACCUUACUGGUCUGUGGACAUUGAUGUGUUAUAUUUGGGUGAAGGCCAUAAGGUGCUGGUGGUUGUUUGUCGAGCGACAGGCCAUUGCUCGAUGACUCGUCUGUCUUCUGAGGAUGGUCCAGGCCUUUUGCACGCUCUUCGGCGAAUCCAAUUCAUGCGUGGUGGCUUGAAAUGGAUCUACUCUGAUAAUGCCUCAUAUUUCUCUUCUCCUAAGUUCCGAGUAGCACUCUCAGUGGAACUAGGGAGUGAGUUGAGGUUAUUAGCAUCGGAGGCCCCCUGGGAGGCUGGCCGUUCGAAUAGGAUCCACGGGCUUGGCCUGACAGUUCUUCGCCCUCUCCUACGAAGUAAUAGAGGAAGACUUCCGGAAGAUGCCAAUGAGUUUGACCUCAUACUAGAGUUUCUAAUGUAUACCUUGAACUCUAGGCCUCUUGGUCGGUGCUACGAAGACUCCUUUGGACAUGAGUAUCCCCUCACCCCGGACUUGAUGGUUUUUGGGUAUGAACGACGUGUUGGUCCGUUGAAGCUAGCGCGAGGAAAGCAUCCUUGCCUUCCCCUCCGAGAUGCCGUAAACUUCCGCAAACAAUAUCUACGUGAAUAUUGGCGUCAAUUGCGGGUUAAGGUACUUGACGCCAUUUCCAGGAAGGCCUCCAAGGUAGAAGCUAGGCGUUGGACUCCGACUCUGGGAGAGCCGGUCCUGGUUAUCCGCCAAAGGGCGAGAAAAUCUGACGUGGGCAGUGCUCUUGCGCAUAUUGAUGCCUUACUCGAGGGUAAGAGAGCUUUGGUGGUCUUCCCUAGUGGCAGAAAGCAGGUUGAGUCCUACGGGAAUUUAUGCCCUUUUAUGAAUAUUCAGUCGAGCCUGAACGAGGUCAAUGGUCCGUCCAAGGAGAGUACGGGCCUCACGAGUGGCACCAAGACUGCGAACAACUUGAUGUCUGCGACUGUCCGCUCUAUCUGCACGAUAUGCUCCAGAACGCAGGACGACAGGGCGGACAGGUGUCACAACUCUCGUGAUGUUUAUGUUAAGUGUAUGAGAGAGACACGCAACAGAGGGCCUCGAGACUUGAGUGAUAAGGUUGCCUGGGAGGCUGAGCCACCGGUAUGCGAGGCUGAGCUCACUGUUCACGGUUCUUGUGUCGGCCAAUAUUUGAAGAACAGCAUCUUGAAACGUCGUCCUUAUCCAUUCUUGGACCCCUCCUAUACUGGUGGUGAAGACAACACUUACGCUGAUGACAAAUGUUUCGCAACCAGGGCCCAGUUUGAGAAAUGUAUGCUCAAGAAGGACAUCAAGGCCACUGACACAAGGUUCGUAUUCAAGGAUUUCGCCACCCACGAGACCAGUUUGGCGAAGCCGUAG